CUCAUUCAUACAUUCUUGCUCUACAUCUGUGUGUGAGACAGUGUCGUUUCCGAAAUCAUGUCAGCGUCUCCGAAGAAAGCCACGAAGAAGGCUCCUGCCGCCCAUCCUGCCUCAAGUGUGAUGGUUACCACAGCCAUCACUACCUUGAAAGAGCGCAAUGGUUCAUCCCUGGCCGCCAUCAAGAAGUUUUGUGCAGCUAACUACAAGUUUGACGUGGAGAAGAAGGCCUUUGUCCUCAGGCGUGCCGUGAAGACACUGGUCGAGAAGGGAACCCUCAUCCAGACCAAGGGUAAGGGCGCCUCCGGGUCCUUCAAGCUCAACGCUGCUGCCAAGAAGGCUGCAGUGAAGAAACCCAAGGCCAAGAAGCCAGCGGCCAAGAAGCCCAAGGUAAAGAAGGUGAAGAAGUCCCCGAAGAAGGCCGCGAAGAAACCAGCAAAGAAGACGAAGUCACCGAAGAAGGCAAAGAAGCCAGCAGCCAAGAAGGCAAAGAAACCAGCUGCCAAGAAGGCGAAGAAGCCAGCGGCCAAGAAGGCCAAACCCGCCAAGAAAGCAGCAAAGCCCAAGAAGAAGAGGGAAACAUUCGGUGUCUACAUCUACAAGGUGCUCAAGCAGGUGCACCCCGACACCGGUGUCUCCAGCAAGGCCAUGGGCAUCAUGAACUCCUUCGUCAACGACAUCUUCGAGCGUAUCGCUGGCGAGGCUUCCCGCCUGGCUCACUACAACAAGCGCUCCACCAUCAGCAGCCGGGAGAUCCAGACCGCCGUGCGUCUGCUGCUGCCUGGCGAGCUGGCCAAGCACGCCGUCAGCGAGGGCACCAAGGCCGUCACCAAGUACACCAGCUCCAAGUAAAUUGCCUGACCGCCCGACCAGUAUACCCCGGCCCUUUUUAGG